AUGCCUGGAUUUGCAGAAGAAGCCCUCGCCUGGAGGAAACGCAAGCGUGAAAAUGAAGACCCCCUAACCCGCCCAACCUCUUUUGUCCCAUUUAUGGUGGACCACGCAAACUGCGAUCCAUAUAUCGUCCACCGACACAAUCACAACCACAAUCACAGCCACGAACAAUCAACCGAGAAAGACUUCGACUUCAGACCAAGAUGCAUUCCCCGCAAACGCCGCCAUCUCCAACAACUUCAACAUCAACAUCCACACCAACAACACCCACAACAUUCAUCAUACCUCCUAACCUCCACGCCCCAACCAUCCCUCCUAUCCCCAAACAUCUACGCAACACCCCAAGACCCUUACUCACCACCUGUUUCGCCCAAAACUCUCGUCCCAAUCCCAUACCCCACAACCACCCCAACCUCAGCACCAUCUUCAGCAACAACUACUACUACACACCCCUCCGCCCUCCGCCCAUGCCACAUCUGCCACCGCCGCCCAACAACCCGCCAAGUCCUAGACGCCUACGCAGACUGUGAUCUCUGCGCCGAACGCGCAUGCUAUAUCUGUCUACGUCUCUGUGACGGAUCCUCAUGUCCUGGUGCACGCGCCUCUGCGCCCACAACUACAGCUGCAAAUGCAGGGACGAUCUGUAUGAUGAACUCGGCUGGAUGA